AUGGAGUGGGUAAACGCGAUCGUGAACGAGAUGGGAGCCUCGGUGGACGUGUCGGAUGCGCAGAAUCGCGCUUCGCGAGUCUUGCAAACAUUUGAGGGCGCCGUGAGACAGAGAUGCGCGGAGUUUAACGAUUAUAGCAAAGUGAUGAAGAUGAAGCGAGAGAACGCUUUGUUGAAGCGUGCGGUGGCGAUUCAGAACUCACGCAUGCAAGACUUGGCGCCGCUUCAGGCCCGCGUGCGCGAACUCGAAGCCGCGUGCGCGCAGUACGACGACAGGCUCAAGACGGCGGAGAGACAAAAUUACUCGCUCAGCGUCAACUUAAGGCUCGCUAUGGCGGAACAGUCGCCGUUUGGUUCGAAAAACCACGAUGUAUUUUGA